AAACGCUGGACCAAUCAGAGAGAAGCAGGUCAGUUACUUCCGGUAUAGUAACGUCUGGUGUUGUUGUCAAAAUGGAUGAACACGGACAUCUUCAUAACCUCCACCAUCACCACCAUCACUUCUCUCUGUGUUUCUGCGACCUGAUGAGGUUGUUAUGGUCCCUGGUGGUCCCCUGUGUGUACCUCAGCCUGGUCCUGACUCUGGUCCUGCUGCUGCUCCUGAUGGGGGUCCGCAUGUGGCUGCAGGGCCGCCAGAAGGCCCGCCGGGCUCAGGACGAGGGCCCCGCGGUGGCUUUCUUCCAUCCGUACUGCAACGCCGGAGGAGGCGGGGAGCGGGUCCUGUGGUGCUCCCUGAGGGCCCUCAUGAACAGAUACCCAAACUUCUCCUUCGUGGUGUACACGGGUGAUCAGGGAGUGACGGGCGAGCAGAUUCUGGAGGGAGCCCGACAGCGUUUCAACAUCACGCUGCCUCGACCAAUCACCUUCAUGUUCCUGCGUCACCGCGCGCUGGUGGAGGCGGGGUCUUACCCUCACUUCACCCUGCUGGGCCAGAGCGCCGGGUCCAUGUUCCUCGGCUGGGAGGCUCUGACGGCGUUCGUUCCCGACCUGUACGUGGACUCGAUGGGUUACGCCUUCACUCUGCCCAUCUUUCGUUACCUGGGAGGAUGUAAGGUGGCGAGCUAUGUUCACUAUCCUACGGUCAGCACCGACAUGCUGUCUGUGGUCAGAGAGAGGAACCCCAGAUUCAACAACGCCGACUUCAUCUCCGGAAACCCGGUGCUGAGCGCAGUGAAGGUGGUGUAUUACUGCUGCUUCGCCCUGCUGUACGGCCUGGUGGGCUCCUGCAGUGAUGUCAUCAUGGUGAACUCCACCUGGACGCUGGGACACAUCCUGGCUCUGUGGCGCUCCCCGAGCCGCACCAGCAUCGUGUACCCGCCCUGCGACGUCAGGGCUUUCCUGGACGUCCCCCUGGGGGAGGAGGACGAGGACGAGGUGGAGGAGGAGGAGGGCUGGGAGGAGCUGGGACAAGAGCUGGGGAGCAAAGAGGAAGGAGUCGGAGGAGGUGACAGGAAGUGCCACUCCAUCGUCUCCGUGGGUCAGUUCCGGCCCGAGAAAGAUCACCGUCUGCAGAUCCGGGCAUUUCGCAAACUGCUGGACAGGAAGGGGGAGGGGCCUGGGGCACAGGAGUCUCUGCGGUUGGUGCUGAUUGGUGGAUGCAGGAAUCAGGAGGACGAGGAGCGGGUGCUGAUGCUGCGGGGGCUCUGCGAGGAGCUCGGAGUGUCCGCCCACGUCGACUUCAAACUCAACAUCCCCUUCGAGGAGCUGAAGAGGGAGCUGGUGGACGCCACGAUCGGCCUGCACACCAUGUGGAACGAACACUUUGGCAUCGGUGUGGUGGAGUGUAUGGCCGCAGGAACCAUCGUCCUCGCUCAUAAAUCUGGCGGUCCAAAGCUGGACAUCGUGGUUCCCUUUGAGGGCGAACAGACCGGCUUCCUGGCCGACAGUGAGGACAGCUACGCCGCUGCCAUGGAGACCAUCCUGGCUCUGUCUCCUUCAGCGAGACUGGAGAUGAGACGAAGCGCCCGGCGAUCCGUGGAGCGAUUCUCUGACCAGGAGUUUGAGACGUGUUUCCUGUCUGCCACGGAGACGCUGAUGAGUAGACUGCAGCGAUGAAGACGAGCGGAGGAACACUGGAACCAGGGACGAGGACUUUUACUCUUUAUUUCAUGAGUCGAGCUGCAGGGAUGAUCGGAGUGAGCAGGAAGAGCGAUUCUUGUCCAUCCAGUCCUUAUCAUGACAAAUAAUCAAAAACAAAAAAACACAGGAGACUUCCAGCGACAUGCAUGUGUCGGACUCAUCCGUCUUCAGCUGUUUGUUUUCCACCUUAAAGACGAAGAAGAAGCUGCCGGCUCAUCUCUGACAGGAAGUCUCCUUCUCUUCAAACUAAAAGUCUGCAACUAUAUAAAACUCCUCUUUAAGUUUCCCUCAUGAAGAUAUUUUAGUUUUUAAUAGAAAACAAAAUAUUCACUUUAAACCGUCAGCUGACGAGACGUUUGGAAACGGCUUCAUGUUCCUCUAACUUUCUGUUUAAUCUCAGUGAGACGUUUAGAGCGAGGAGCUGAAACACGUUCAGGAGAAUGUUGUUGGUUUUCUCUGCAGGACUUUAAACAGAUUCUAAUAUUUAUGAGAUGUGACCCAGGAUCUGUUAAAGCUGACAUCAAACUGCUCGCCCGCACAAAGAGAGAAACGGACGUCUAAAAGUUUGAAAGUUUCCUGAUCAGGUCGUCCUGGACUCACACGUGUCAAAGUGUCGAGCUUGAGCUCAAAUUUGGACAAAGCUGAAACUGAAUUCUUAUAUAGUUUUCUUCAUCGACCAUCUUUAUUUACCUGAAAUACAGGGUUGUCCCAAAACCAGAAUUAAAAACUUUAAUAAGAUUCUAAUAAAAUCAUCCGGUACUGAUCCGUUGUUUGUAUGAAGCGUUUGUGCGCUGAGAAGAAAAGCGAUGCUCGUCCGUCCUGUCUCCAUGACAACAGUCUGUCGACAACGAACGCUGUAUGACCGACACUGCUCCAUUACUUUUUACUGCAUGUUUAAUAUUUGAGAUCGUUUAUUUCCUAUCAGACACGGAGCGAGGAGGAUGUGGGGACGAGACACGAUCCGUAGGAGGCUAAACUACGGGGAAUAUCAAACAUUUGGAAAAGAUUUUCAACUUGAACACUCAGAUCGGCCGCACAAAAAAGGCGGCGCUAGGAAAACAGACGCUGGGCUCUGCACUUUUUCUCCGGGCGGCCGCUUCCUGCUGCGAACGCUCUCUACUCGUUGAAAACUACUGAAGAAAAGACACUGGCACUCACAAAACACUGCAAGGUGGACACUGUGCCUUAGAUUUAUACAACACAGUUGUAAUAAGGCGAGAAUGAUGUCAUGAUAUGAUGAGGAUAUCAUCCUCUCUUCCCUCCCUGAAAUGCUUCAUUACAACUACUGUCUCUUUAAAGGCUUUAUAUAU